UGAAUAAGCCAUCUCCUCUCGUGUGUGCAUUUCUCCGGUUUUCAAAACACCAUCUUUAAUUCUUCUUCUUCCUUUCAGUUUUUCUCCUUUGGAUUUUGACUCUCUUUUCAUUUCUUUUAGCAUCAUGUCUCUUCGACACACUCUCUCUCUUACAUGACCGAACCAAAAAGAGAAACAUAACAUUAGUAAACACGAAGGAUCAGGGGACAAAAGGUUAAAGUGGUUUAGUUCCUUUUGUGUUUCCCUUGGUGUAAGAUCUGCAGAGGAUGAAGCGAGCAAGAGAUGAUACGUAUCCUGGUUCUCAAUUUAAACGUCCAUUCAGUUCUUCUAAGGCUGAAUCCUAUGGACAAAACCAAAUACCCGGUGGAAGUGGUGGUGCAGGAGGAGGGGAAGGUGGAGGUGGAGGCGGGGGAGGAGGAGCAGGAAGUAUGUUGCAGAAACUGACUACAAACGAUGCCUUAACGUAUCUAAAGGAAGUCAAGGAGAUGUUUCGGGAUCAAAAAGAGAAGUAUGACAUGUUCCUUGAAGUCAUGAAGGAUUUCAAGGCUCAAAGGACUGACACUGUCGGUGUCAUUGCCCGAGUGAAAGAGUUAUUCAAAGGGCAUAACAACUUGAUUUAUGGAUUUAAUACAUUCCUGCCGAGGGGCUAUGGAAUUACCCUUGAUGAGGACGAGGCUCCGAAAAAGACAGUUGAAUUUGACGAAGCAAUCAGUUUUGUAAAGAAGAUAAAGAAACGUUUCCAACAUGAUGAGCAUGUCUAUAAAUCAUUUCUUGAUAUAUUGAAUAUGUACCGGAAGGAGCACAAGGACAUAAAUGAGGUUUAUACCGAGGUUGCUUCUCUUUUCGAAGACCAUCCUGAUCUUCUUGAGGAGUUCACAAUAUUUUUACCAGAUUCAUCAGCAGCACCUAUGACACAACAAGUUCCAUAUGGUCGAACCUCAACUCAACGUUAUAAUGAGCGAAGCUCUGCUACACCCACCUUGCGCUACACACAAAUGGAUAAGCAACGUCGGAGGGAUAGAAUUCUUACUUCCCAUGCUGGUAGGGAUCUCAGCGUUGACCGUCCUGAAUUGGAUGAUGACAAAGCAAUGAUUAAAAUGCAAAAAGAACCGAGAAAACACAUGGAAAAGGAUGAUAGGGAUCUGAGAAUUCGUGAUAACGAUGAUCCCGAGCAUGAAAACAAUAGGGACUUUAACUUGCAGCGUUUUCCCGACAAAAAGAGAUCGGGAAGAAAGGUUGAAGGAUUUUCUACUUACGAAGAUAGGGAUACUUCAAAAAGCAUGUUCAACCAAGGUUUUAUAUUCUGCGAGAAAGUUAAGGAGAAGCUGUGCAGCUCAGACGAAUACCAGGCAUUCUUAAAAUGCCUUAAUAUAUAUAGCAAUGGAAUAAUCAAAAGAAACGAUUUGCAAAAUUUGGUGACUGAUUUACUUGGCAAGUACCCAGAUCUUAUGACUGAGUUCAAUCAGUUCUUGGAGCGUUGUGAGGAUACUGAUGGGUUCCUUGCCGGUGUUAUUAGUAAAAAAUCACUUAGUGUUGACGGACAUGAGUCCAGGCCAUUAGAGGAAAAAGAUAGAGAGCCAAAACGCGAAAUCAAGGGAGCUAAGGAAAAGGAGAGAUUUAAGGAGUACAUGGGAAAAUCAAUACAAGAGCUUGACCUUUCUAACCGCCAAAUUUGUACUCCAAGCUAUCGGCUUCUACCAGAUGAUUACCCAAUACCUGUAGCAAGUCAGAGAUCUGAGCUUGGCACACGAGUGCUAAAUGAUUAUUGGGUAUCCGUCACUUCAGGAAGUGAGGAUUAUUCUUUUAAGCACAUGCGCCGAAAUCAGUAUGAAGAGAGCUUGUUCAUAUGUGAGGAUGAUAGGUUUGAACUGGAUAUGUUGUUAGAAUCAGUGAGCUCGACAGCCAAGCGUGCGGAGGACUUGCUGAACAGCAUUAAUGAAAAUAAAAUCAAUAUGGAUUCUCCGUUCCGCGCGGAAGAACACUUCACUGUUCUGAAUUUGAGGUGCAUCGAGCGGCUGUACGGUGACCAUGGUCUUGAUGUAAUGGAAAUAUUACGUAAAAAUCCUGCUCUUGCAUUACCCGUAAUAUUAAUUCGCCUGAAGCAGAAGCAAGAAGAAUGGACAAAGUGCCGUCUAGACUUCAACAAGGUUUGGGCUGAAAUUUAUUCAAAAAACCAUUACAAAUCACUUGAUCAUCGCAGCUUCUAUUUCAAGCAGCAGGAUUCAAAGAACUUGAGUGUGAAAUCUUUACUGGCUGAAAUCAAGGAGUUGAAAGAGAAGAACCAGAAAGAAGACAAUGUUCUUAUGGCUAGCGUUGCUGGUCACCGACAACCCGUUUCUCCACACCUUGAAUACGAAUAUUCGGAUGUCAACAUUCACGAGGACCUGUAUAAACUUAUCGAAUAUUCAUGUGAAGAGGGGUGUUCAACAAAAGAACAGUUAAAUCGAGUCAUGAGGCUCUGGACCACUUUCCUGGAGCCCAUGUUGGGUGUUCCUCCUCGACAAAGUGGCAGAGAGGGUACUGAUGGUGCCGGCAAAGCUCAGAAUCCUGCAUUAAACUGCACUGCCUCUAGCAUUGCUGAAUGUGAUGGAAGUCCUGGAGCUGAUGCUACUGUAAAUUCCGGGCAAACAAAGGCUGCCGGUGAUGGAGACAAGAUGAGUUCACCAGAACUAACUGUUUCUUGCAGGAGUGGUUUGGCAAAUGGGGAAACUUUAGUUAGAGAACACUCGGAUCGUGUCACUAGAGAGGAUUCAAAGCUAGAGAAAGAAAUCAAAUUUACAACUGAUAAAAACUGUGGAAUUCACAUGCAUGCAAAUGGAAUGGAAGCAGAAAACAAUCACAGCAGAACCAAUUUUGAUGGGGCAUCGGGGAAAGGCGCGGCUGAUUAUAGACCUACUAGUAGUGUUGGUGGCGAGGCCCGGGAAGCUAAUGCUGACCCUGUACGUUAUUCGGAGGCUGUUGGUGUAGCUAAACAUGCUUUGUUAGUAAAUGGAGUACCUACGGAUGACUCUAAUGCCAGUAAAUGUCACGAAGAAUCCGCUGGUCCCUUCAGAAUCGAAAAAGAAGAAGGUGAAUUAUCACCUACCGGUGUUUCUGAGGAAGAUAAUUUUGUUGCUUACGGUGAUACUUGUCCAAAGGUUGUGCCAAAGGCACAACAUGGUGUUCAAAGUAGACAGCACCAGUCUGGAAACGGGAAAGACUCGCAUCAUUAUGUGGAUGCUGGUGGAGAACAUGACGCGGAUGCUGAUGAUGGGGAUAGUGAAAAUGCCUCAGAGGCUGGCGAUAAUGCAUCGGGCAGUGAGUCUGCGGCCGACGAAUGCUCUCGUGAAGAGCAUGAAGAGGAGGAAGAGGUCGAACAUGAUGAAGUUGAUGGUAAGGCCGAGAGUGAAGGCGAAGCUGAAGGGAUGACUGAUAUGCAUCUGGGAGGAGAUGGCACGUCCUUGUUUUCAGAACAUUUCCUGUUUACGGCGAAGCCUCUUUCAAAGCAUGCACAGGCAGUUUUACCCAAAGACGAUCGAAACAUUUAUUGGACUUUUUAUGCAAAUGACGAUUUCUACGUUCUUUUCAGACUUCAUCAAAUCCUGUAUGAAAGAAUACUGUCGGCAAAAACAAAUACAGGAGCUGCUGAAAUAAAGAGGAAACAUCCAAAAGACACUAGUUCUUCGGAUUUAUAUGCCAGGUUUAUGAGCGCACUUUACAGUCUGCUUGAUGGAUCAACCGAUAAUUCGAAGUUCGAGGAUGAAUGCCGGGCUGUAAUAGGAAACCAGUCAUACGUGUUAUUCACAUUGGACAAGUUGAUAUAUAAAUUGGUUAAGCAGCUUCAAGCUGUUGCAGCAGAUGAGAUGGAUAAUAAGCUUCUUCAAUUGUUUGACUAUGAGAAGUCCCGAAAAUAUUGGAAGACGAUGGAUUCAGUGUAUUAUGAGAAUGCACGUGUCCUCCUUCACGAGGAGAAUAUAUAUCGAUUGAAAUAUUCAUCUUCGCCAUCUCGUUUGUCUAUUCAGCUGAUGGACAACGUCAUUGAAAAGCCUGAAGCAUUUGCCGUUUCCAUGGAACCUAAUUUUUCAGCCGUUUUGCACGAUGACUUUCUGUCCGUCUAUCCCAGCAAGAAGGAGCCACAUGGCCUUACACUCGAGAGAAACAAGAGGAAGUAUGCAGGUUUAGAUGAAUUUGCUGCUACUUGCUUGGCCAUGGAAGGUGUUGAACUGGUUAAUGGUUUAGAGAACAAGAUAGCUUGCAACUCCUACAGGAUUUCUUACGUGUUGGACACCGAAGACUUCUUUUAUCGUAGAAGAAAUUCAUCACAACACAGACCUUCAUACAAUAGCCGGGCUAGAAUACAGCGGUUCCAUAGAUUUUUAUCGUCUUCGCAAUAAUUUAGUGUUCUUCCCUAGACCGGCACGAAAGAACACCAGACCUCGAACGGCGUUCGUGUAGAGGUUCGUAUUCGAUGCCCGGAUCGAAGAAAAGAAGCAAUGUUAAGAAAUGCAGCACAUAUUUGCAAGUUCAUAUGAGCAGGAUGUGACCAAUUAUCCUGCAGAUAAGGUGUAAAG